GGACGCUAAGUGUUGUUGGUUGUAUGAUCUGAUUCAAUUGAGGGAUCACCUCGACCGAUUCUCGGGCCAAAAAGCCCUAGCCAGACUCCCGAAGUCACUCACGGCACCCCUCUAGACAGGGAACUUCGCCCGGGGUUUCCUCGCUUCGAGUAACGACAUGUUUCCGAUCGAACAACCGGGGGCCUCCGGAAUGGGUGCGCCAGGCUCUCAGAUCCCUGCGCGUCCCCCGAGAGCGCUUUCGCCUCCGGUAUCACUGGUGCCGCUGGGAGUCGCUGGGAUGGGGGUCCCACCGCCACCGACAGAGAUCAACUUCGUCUGUCCCCGAAAACCAAAUGUUGGCACCGAGGGUCGGCCCAUCACAUUGAGGGCGAAUCACUUCCAGAUUACCAUGCCCCGAGGUUAUCUCCACCACUACGAUAUCAAUAUCACCCCGGACAAAUGUCCCCGCAAAGUCAACCGCGAAAUCAUCGAGACCAUGGUGGCAUCGUGCUCGAAGAUAUUCGGCAAUCAGAAACCCGUUUUCGACGGCAGGAAAAACAUGUACACGAGGGACGACUUGCCGAUCGGAAAGGACAAAGUCGAGCUCGAAGUGACUUUGCCCGGAGAAGGCAAAGAUCGUGUGUUCAGAGUCGCUAUCAAGUGGAUGGCUCAAGUGAGCCUCUACGGACUGGAGGAGGCUUUGGAAGGCCGAUCUCGAAACAUUCCCUUAGACGCUAUUCAGGCCAUUGAUGUUGUAAUGCGUCAUCUGCCGUCAAUGACCUACACACCCGUGGGCCGUUCCUUCUUCAGUAGUCCAGAAGGCUAUUUCCAUCCGCUCGGAGGUGGUCGGGAGGUUUGGUUCGGUUUCCAUCAAUCGGUUCGUCCGUCGCAAUGGAAAAUGAUGCUGAAUAUCGAUGUUUCGGCAACCGCGUUCUACAAGGCACAACCGGUCAUAGACUUCAUGUGCGAGAUCCUCGACCUCAGAGACGCAACGGAACAGCGUCGCGUUCUGACCGACUCCCAACGAGUCAAGUUCACCAAGGAGAUCAAGGGACUCAAGAUCGAGAUCACUCACUGCGGGUCGAUGCGGCGCAAGUACCGCGUCUGCAACGUGACCCGUCGACCCGCGCAGCUUCAGUCGUUCCCACUUCAACUGGACAACGGGCAAACGGUCGAGUGCACUGUGGCGAAAUAUUUCCUCGACAAAUACAAAAUGAAGCUCCGCUAUCCGCACUUCCCGUGCUUGCAAGUCGGUCAGGAACACAAGCACACCUACCUUCCCUUGGAAGUUUGCAAUGUCGUCGCAGGCCAAAGGUGCAUCAAGAAGCUCACCGAUCUCCAGACAUCGACGAUGAUCAAAGCCACCGCCCGAUCGGCUCCGGAUCGUGAACGCGAAAUCAACAAUCUCGUGCGCAAGGCGGACUUCAACAGAGAUCCAUAUGUGCAAGAAUUUGGUCUGUCCAUCGCGCACACUAUGAUGGAGGUCCGGGGAAGGGUGCUGCCUCCGCCAAAGCUGCAAUACGGUGGACGAACCAAAAUGCAGGCUAUACCCAGCUGCGGAGUGUGGGACAUGAGAGGCAAACAGUUCCAUACUGGUGUUGAAAUUCGAAUUUGGGCUAUUGCGUGCUUCGCUCCUCAACGAGGAUGCAGAGAAGACUGCCUCCGAAGUUUUACUCAGCAACUGCAGAAAAUCAGCAGUGACGCCGGAAUGCCGAUUAUCGGCCAACCGUGUUUCUGCAAAUACGCCACUGGACCCGAUCAAGUUGAGCCGAUGUUCCGUUAUCUGAAGUCAACUUUCCAGGGCCUGCAGCUGGUGGUCGUCGUUCUACCCGGCAAGACUCCAGUGUAUGCUGAAGUGAAACGAGUCGGCGACACCGUGCUGGGCAUGGCUACACAGUGCGUGCAGGCCAAGAACGUCAUGAAGACGUCUCCGCAAACCCUUUCCAACCUCUGUCUGAAAAUCAACGUCAAGCUCGGCGGUAUCAACUCCAUCCUGCUGCCGUCGAUCCGACCGAAGGUUUUCAAUGAGCCUGUGAUUUUCUUCGGUUGCGACGUAACCCAUCCACCGGCUGGCGACACCAAGAAACCCUCGAUAGCGGCGGUCGUCGGAUCCAUGGACGCUCAUCCGAGUCGCUACGCGGCCACCGUCAGAGUCCAACAGCAUCGACAGGAAAUUGUCGAAGAUCUCUCUUCGAUGGUCAGAGAACUCCUCAUUCAGUUCUACCGAUCGACGCGCUUCAAGCCGAACAGAAUUAUCUUCUACCGGGACGGUGUGUCCGAGGGUCAAUUCCACCAAGUUCUCCAGCAUGAACUAAUCGCUAUCAGAACCGCUUGUCUGAAGCUUGAAAUCGACUAUAAGCCGGGAAUCACACUGAUCGUGGUCCAGAAGCGCCAUCACACGAGACUUUUCUGCGCAGACCGAAAGGAACAAAUGGGCAAAUCGGGCAACAUUCCUGCUGGUACCACGGUCGACGUCGGGAUCACUCAUCCCACGGAGUUCGAUUUCUAUCUCUGUUCUCAUGCAGGAAUCCAGGGCACGUCUCGUCCUUCUCACUACCACGUGCUCUGGGACGAUAAUCAGUUCACCGCCGAUGAGCUUCAAUGUCUCACCUACCAACUGUGCCAUACCUACGUGCGCUGCACCCGAUCGGUCUCAAUUCCUGCCCCGGCAUACUACGCCCACCUCGUCGCUUUCCGCGCGAGGUACCAUCUCGUCGAAAAAGAGCACGACAGCGGUGAGGGCAGCCAUCAAUCCUCAAAUGGAGACGACCGCACCGUGGUGGCUUUGGCAAGGGCUGUCACUGUGCAUCCUGAGACACUUAAAGUAAUGUAUUUCGCUUAAGUGACUGGCAUGCGCGCGGAGCUGCCGCAAAUAAGUGUUCGCCGUUCUGUUGUGCGGUUUAAUAUCAACCGAGGGUACGUUCGCAACGGCUGAUAGUUGUUUAGAGACUCAUAUUCAUAUUCAAACAAUCGUACACUUACAUCCACAAACAUCAUAGCGGAACACAAUAGAUCCCCUGAGCAAACCCAAGUACUUAACAUGGAAAACGUAGUCAUCCCAAUGCCUGAAAGGAUAACCGAGAAACAAAUCGUGUCAUCUCAAAGUGUUUGGUCCCCCGCCCCCCACCUUCUGGAAUUUCUCUCAUGAGUCGAAAGCUGUUACCCUGCGUCCCCGCCGCCAAUCGCCCCUAUUAGAGCCACCCCUCGCUCCAACAUUUAUUCCGAGAGGAAGCUUGAAUGAUGAUUAGAUAUUCGAUUUGAGACGGUCAGCUACUCGCAUCCUAUCAGAGCGGUAGUCUCCGCCGCCUCCAAUGGACGGACCAUCUCGAUCGAGCUGAGACCGUCAAGAAACACCACAGAU